AUGAACAGGCUGAGGUCGCGCUCAGAAGCCCAUCAGCGGCCACCCGAAUUGCCCUUUGACACCUACUCGGACGUGCAUCUCGCCGCCAGCAAGGCCGCCCAGCGUCCACACGGUCAUGACCCGGCCGAGCUGAAGAAGAAGGCCCUCGACCGCAGCAUCCCGUCGCCGUCCCUCUUUGACUUUGGCGACGCCUCUCGCAAGGCGGCGGCGGCAAACCAGCAGUGGACGCCGCCCAGCGUGGCAGAGUGCGCAACGCACCUCGUCUUCCUCGAGGCCCUGCACAACGUGCGCGCGCAGGUCCUGGCCUCGACGCCCAUCAGCUGCGCCAUGGGCUACUCGAGCGCGUCCAAGCCGGACAAGGAGACGCUGGCCGCCUGGCACCACGGCAAGUGGAAGAAGUACGUCGAGUUCGCCAUCGUGCGCUUCCUCAGCUGGCGCGAGGCCAUCCCCCGCGGGCAAACCAGGCUCGCCCACUGCCCGCCGUUGGACGUGCUGAUGGUGUGGCAGGCGCUGCUGCUCAAUCCGAGCAUGCUCAGCAGGUACUUCCGGGAGGAGUCCAUCGCCGACCUCAGGUUUCCCUGGGAGCUGGUCCAUGCCACCGUCGACACGCACACCUGGGAGCUGUCCCUGGCGCCGGCGGACAGGAACAAGUUCGAGGCGGACACGGGCAUGGCGGCGCACCUGCUCAUCCAGUUCGAGGACUGGCCCGUCCGCCUGCGGCCCGGGUCAAAAAAGAAGAACAUCCUCGUUGGGCUGAGCGACUUCGAGUUCGGGCGGGCGACGGCACGAGCGCCGCAGACGGAGCACGACGCCGACUCGGAGAGGGAGGGCGGCGGCGACAGGACGAUCCCGGUCUACGCGCAGAAGUUCCUCGACGUGCGGCCGCAGCUCGCCAACCAGCUGCGCGAGGCGGUGCUGCGGCAGUUCCGGUUCGUGGAGAGGAUGCACGACCUGCUGUGGGUGCGCAGCCCGGCGCUCGAGGGGACGCUGGCGAGGGCUCUGGCGCGCUACGACCGGUUCUGCGAGCUGAUGCGGCGGGUGCCUGAUCUGAUGAUGGUGCCGACGCUGGAUGUCGACCUCGUCUGGCACACGCAUCAGUGCGCGGCGUCGCAGUACGGGAGGGACAUGGAGGCGCGGGUUGGGAGGUUCAUCAAUCACGACGAUACUGUUGCGAGCCUGGCGCUGGAGGACGGGUUUGACAGGACGGCGGAUCUAUAUCACAAGCAUUUUGGCAAGGAGUACAGGAUUUGCGGGUGUUGGGAGUGCGAGGCUCUGGCAUCGGCAAUGGAGCAGGCCAUCAAGACGGGAGAGACGGACAUUCCUAGGAUCACGGCGGAGGCAAGAGAAAGCGUCACGUACUAUCGCGCAGUCGAGUCGGAGAGGUUGAAGAGCCUGAUCAAGUAA